AUGGCCGAUGAAACCGUUGCGAAGAAACUGAAGACCUCCCCUCCUUUGAUCGGAACUCAUAACGGUCAUUUCCACGCCGACGAGGCUCUGGCCGUCUAUCUUCUUCGCCAGCUCCCGACCUAUGCCUCCUCUCCUCUCAUUCGUACCAGAGAUCCGGCUCAACUGGCCACAUGCCACACCGUUGUCGACGUUGGUGGAGAGUAUGACCCAGCCAGCAACCGCUAUGAUCAUCAUCAGCGUACCUUUUCAACCACCUUCCCAAACCACAACACCAGGCUUUCUUCCGCCGGCUUAGUGUACAUGCACUUUGGUCGGGCGAUCAUUGCGCAACAUACGUCACUCCCGCUGGAUCACGAGGAUGUUACCUUGCUCUAUGAGAAGCUUUACACGGAUUUCAUCGAAGCGGUUGAUGCCAACGACAAUGGUGUCUCAGUCUACGACCCCGCGGCUCUGGCAUCGGCCAACAUUGAGAAACGUUUCAGGGACGGUGGUAUCACAAUCACUUCGGUGGUCAACGAUAUGAACAACCCCGACCCUACUUGCCCACCUGGAGAGCCCCAAGAUGAGGAUAGUCUCUUCAGCAGGGCAAGCACAUUUAUGGGACACGUCUUCACUCGCAAGUUGCACCAUGCGUUUACUUCAUGGCUUCCGGCUCGGGCGACCGUUGGCGCUGCCUACCGGUCCCGUCGCGAAGUCCAUCCCUCCGGUCGUAUUAUCAUUCUUCCACAGGGUGGUGUCCCUUGGAAGGAGCAUCUCUACAAUUUCGAGAAGGAAGCCUCAGGCGCUGGGGACGUCAACCCCGACGAGCGGGUCUACUAUGUGCUCUACCCCGAGAGCGCUACCGAAGGAUCCAAGUGGCGCGUCCAGUGCGUUUCGGUAAAUGAGGGUAGCUUCGAAUCCCGCAAGCCGUUACCAGAAAGCUGGCGUGGCGUUCGUGAUGCCGAUCUGGAUGGCUGCCUUGCUGCAGAAGCCGAGAAGGCUGGUAAGCCUAAGAUCCCAGAGGGUGCAGUCUUUGUUCAUGCUAGCGGCUUCAUUGGUGGACACAAGACAAAGGAAGGCGCAUUUGCCAUGGCUGUUCGGUCAUUGGAGCUAUAA